GUAACAACUGCGAAACAAAUGUAUAUUGAAUUCUGUACUUUAACGUUCAAACGGUUCUGAACGGUUCAAACGACAAGAUUGUGCGUGUCAAAAAUCGUGAAAAUUUAAUUAAAAUCUUUAUAAUAUCGUCACAAUGUCUACACCGAAACAGCAAUUGAAUGCUCAUGGAGAUCACAAAGAAAAGAAGAGGAAAGAAAGUAUUUUAGAUCUCUCGAAAUAUCUUGAGAAAAAUAUCAGAGUGAAAUUUGCCGGUGGAAGGGAAGCGGCAGGAAUUCUUAAAGGUUACGAUCCACUCUUGAACUUGGUACUCGACAACACAAUAGAAUAUCUUAGAGAUCACGAUGACCCGUACAAGUUAAAUCAAGACACACGACCACUUGGUUUAGUCGUAUGUAGAGGCACAUCAGUUGUCCUGAUUUGUCCCGUCGAUGGAAUGGAAUCUAUACAAAAUCCUUUCAUCCAACAAGAAGGAUAAUUAAACUAGUCAUCUAGAAUUAAUUAUAACUUUUUUUUUGACAAUCUUUUUUACAUUAUAAGAAUUUUUCAAAUAUUCGAAUCCGAAACGAUAUGGAAAAUUUAAUUUCACCUUAAACAUUUGAUAUUUUCUAUAAACAAAUUACAAGUAAAAUAAAUUUCAACGUAAAUCAUUCGUAAUUUUAUCUGUACAUUUAUUUUCAAUAAAUAUGACUUGUAGUUUUAAAAA